AUGCACAGUUUCGUUGAUGGAAAAAAAAAUCGCUAUCUCUUCGUUUAAAGGACUUACGGCCGUUUUUAUAAUUCUUGCAGAUUGCAGGUCUUAGCAGUUAAUCUCAAGAUAAGAUGUCGCAUGAUGAUAUGCGACAAAAUUCUCGGAUACGACGGCAUGAUACAAUGAUAUGUUGCUGUUGUAUGGUUCCCAAAAGUGACGAGACGAUAACGAUUCCUAUAUACCUAGAUCAGACGAUCAGAGCUGCCUUGCCUUUUCUUUUCGUUUACCGGCUUUCAUGAAGAAAGUUUUUUCAAUCAGGAUUAGGUUAUAAUAUUAAAUUACAAUAUUAUUAUUAUUACAAUCAUUCAUCUUUACACCCGUUCGAGAAAUUUGCACAUUCUGUAACAGACGAACGGGCGGGAUUUGAGUGAGGUGCUAAUAAUCGAAGGCAACAAACAAAUAAGAAAGAAGGAUGGAUACCGCCAUGGUCGCACAGGAAGACGAUUUUGUUCCUCGGGACUAUCAGAACCAAUUGAAGAAAAUAUGCUUGCAGAAAAACACCUUAAUAUAUCUGCCAACGGGAGCCGGGAAAACCCAUAUCGCACUAAUGGCGAUCAAAGAGAUGGGAAAUGAUUUGAUUAAACCGCUGAACGAAGGUGGUAAGCGUACUUUUUUCGUGGUGAACACGGUGGCUCUCGCCAAACAACAGGCCGAGUUCCUUAGCCGUAGCGUGCCUUAUGACACCUCUAUCUAUACCAGCGAUCGCAACGUGGACACCUGGAAGCACGAUAAGUGGUUGGAGGAGUUUGCCAAGUAUCAGAUUGUGGUCUGCACAUGCCAAAUUCUGCUGGAUGUGCUAAAGCAUGGCUAUCUCUCCAUAAAACACAUAAAUUUACUCAUUUUCGACGAAUGUCACCACGGAGUAGGAGAACACCCCAUGCAUGGCAUUAUGGAACAAUUUCUGCGAGUACCGAAAUCCCAGCAUCCACGAGUGAUCGGGCUUUCCGGUAUGCUGCUUUACAAGCAGAUCAAAUCGGCUGACCUAGUCGCUACGGAACUGGACAGACUGGAAAACACGUUUUAUGCUACCAUUGCCACCGUCGGAAGCUAUGACUCCUACACAGAGGUAUGCAGGUUUUCCACAGAUCCCAAAGAAUUGCUCGUCAGCUAUGACGUGACUCACCCGGCUCCCAUCGUCUUAGACAUUAUACGGAGCAUUGAUAAUUUUAUAACUACGAUAGGCGAUUUCGAUCUACCCAAGUACAUCAAUCAGAAUAAAGCUCUCCAGCGGGAUUGUCCCAAACCACUGAAGUUGAUACAACGGGGUUUCAGAGAUUUGGUGUACCAAAUCAAAGAUCUUGGUUUAUAUGGGGGAUCAGUUGCCGUCCUAGGGUUAAUUGUACAGUUUGAGCUGGACAAGCGAGAGUCCGAUAGUUCAACCCUCCGGUUGGUUUAUCGAUCAUGCAUCACAUUUUGCGAAAGUCUACGGCAUCAGUUGGAAAAGCUAAUGAGUGGCUUGGAUGUGAAGGAUAAAUUGGUAAGGUUCUCAUCCAAAAAAGUCCGUCAACUGAUCCAUCAACUAGAGACGAUGUACGAAGCAAACCACGAUAAACGUACCAAGACGUUGGUCUUUGUGCAGCGGCGUUUUUCAGCAAAAGUGCUAUACCACUUGCUGAAGAUCUAUUUCUCCCAGACGGACGAUGCGGCUCUGAUCCUUCCGGACUUUAUGGUUGGCAACAAUGGAUCAAUGCCAGAAUCUAUCGAGCAGAUAUUGAGCGCCAAGAAGGACCGCAGGGUUCUGGAACGUUUCAAGAAGAACGAAACGAACGUCAUAGUGACUACCAACGUUCUGGAGGAGGGCAUUGAUCUGCAGAUGUGCAACACGGUUAUCAAAUACGAUCAUCCUGAGACGUUUGCGUCUUAUGAACAAUCGAAGGGCCGGGCUAGAAUGAAGGACAGUCGCUAUCUGGUGAUGCUGGAUCAGAACAAAAGAGAAGAUUUUUUGAAGAAGUACCGCCUUUAUAAGGCGAUUGAGGAGGAGCUAAAGAAGUGCCUAAUCGGAAAAACGAUCAACCGCCCGGAACCGCUCGAGUCGGCAGUGCGCAAAGAACUGUACAACGAAGUCAUUCCGCCAUAUUUCACCUCGAAAGGCGCUAAACUGGAUGCGCUAUCGGGCAUUCAGCUGCUCAACCGCUAUUGCAUGGGAAUGCCACGGGAUGCGUUCACAAACACGAACGUUAUGUGGGAGCGCAUCGACCUGAAGGAUGGAAAAAUAGUAGUGGAAGUACUGCUCCCAUUGCAAUCAACGAUCCGGGAGAAAAUCUCCGGAAACCCAAUGCAUAAUAUAAAACUGGCCAAACGCUCGGCAGCGUUCAAUGCAUGCAAGAAGCUCUACGAAAAUGGAGAAUUAAACGAGCAUUUGAUUCCGAUCGAUUCCAAGUAUCAACUGAAUCAUCUGGAAAAUGUUUAUUUCAAGCAUUGGCAAGAUUUCAAUGAAGAUUCCGGCAAACUAGCUGGCACUCAGAAAUGCCUCCGAUCGCAUGCGAUACGGUAUCCCCCGCAGACGAGUGGAUGCUUCCCUGAACCGGGUCAAGCCUGCUACAUCUACAUUCUGCGCAUUUCAGCAGGCUUCGCCGUUGAUUCCUCCAAUGAAAACAUCAACAUUUUCCGUUCGCUCUACAAUAGUGAGAACAACUUUGGUAUAAUGACUACGAAACCGCUGCCGGUCCUUGCGAAGAUGAAGUUCUUCGUGACCUUAGGAUUGAUCAAUGUGCACUUGGAUGAGACUCCCAUCAUGCUGCCAAACGCUGGUUCCGAAGUAGAGCUGGCCCUGCUGAGGCAGUUCCAUGUGACGGUUUUCCGUGACGUGCUGAAGUUGUGGAAGCAAUUCCUAGUGUACGAUUACUCCAACAAAGAAAACAGUUUCCUAAUGGUGCCGUUGAAAGAGUCGAAGCACAUCGAUUGGGAACUGGUGAAGGAAUUCCAGUACUUGAGCGAUCCGCCGUCCGAGGUAUCAACGAUGGCUCGUGAGAGGAUGAACUUCGAGGCCCACCGCUAUCGGCAUCGGGUAGUUUUGCCGUGGUACAAAAACAACAAAGAACAACCGUACGUCGUUACCGCGGUGCAUGAGUAUCUGACACCGGAUAGCCCGUUCCCGAAUCCAGAGUACAAAUCUUACGCUGAUUACUUCUGCCGGGCAUACCAUCUAGCCGUGGUAAAGAAGAAUCAAUUCCUCGUCGAAGUGAAAGGCAUCACGAGUUACCUCAAUCGGUUGAACCCGGGAGUGGAAGAUGACGGUAAGAGCACCCGCUCCAAGCACUGGCGCUUCCAAGAGGUACUGAUUCCGGAGCUGUGCCACAACUACCAAUUCCCAGCCGAUUAUUGGCUGAAGGCUACGAUUCUGCCCAGUGCACUUCAUCGGAUCAACUAUCUGCUGUUGGCGGAAAAUAUUCGGGUGGAUUUGGCCACCGCUGUGAAUGUAGGCUGCCUGGAGAACCGGGUGAUCGAAGACGUCGAAGUUGAGUACAAGGAACGCAAGGGAAAACAGCAGCUGGAAGAAGCAAUUGAAGAAUUGGUCUUCGAAGAUGAAGAAGACGAGGAUGACGAGAUUGACCUGGAGGAAGCCCAGAAGUAUUUGACGGGUGCAGAGGACUUGGGUCAAUUGGCUCGUAAUCAGUUGAAUUCGUUCACGGGAGAUGUUCCCAUGCCUUGGCAGGACGACGAAGAGCCGGUCGAUAUCGAACGGAGCUGGGAUAAGCUGUCUAAAUUGGAUUUGGACUAUUACAACACGUUUGUGAAUAAGUUUUCCGCACUGAACGUUCGGGAGUUAACCGCGGAGAAAAUAAGUACAUCAUACACGUCGGCACUGCACAGACGAACGCUGGGCAGUCCCAGAAGGGAAUUGAGGGCGGCGAUUAUGAACGUUCCGUUGGAUGAGAAGUUCGAGAUUAAGUUGCUUUAUUUAAACCUGCAAAAUACGGCGCACGUAAAUUUGCAGCAGAAACACAUCAUCAAAGCGCUGACCACAAAGUCUUCGGCCGAUGUAUUCGAUUUGGAACGGUUUGAGCUGUUGGGCGAUGCGUUCUUGAAGUUUUCCAUUUCGCUCUAUUUGGUGAAAUACCACAAGGAAUGGCAUGAAGGUUUCCUCACGGCAGUCAAGGGCCAAAUCGUGAGUAAUCGCAACUUGAUCUACUGCGCGAUGCGAUAUGGUUUGCCCGGCAUGAUGAAGAUCCAUAAGUUCGAUCCAAAGAACGACUGGCAACCACCGCUGGCAACGGUUCCCUUGAAAAUCAAAGAAGCAAUGAUCAAGGUGAACCAUUCCGCAAGAGUGUUGUACAGAUUGAAUUUGUCCGAAGAGGAGGUUAAGGCUGGCACGGUGGAAUCGAACAACGGCGAAGAUUUCAUAACCCAGCUGGAUCUCAAAGGUAACCAGCCGGAUACGUCUCCGAUGCAAAAUUACCUCGUACACCAGACCAUGGGUGACAAAACUCCUGCCGAUGCCAUGGAAGCUUUGCUGGGUGUUUGCGUCAGUGCGGUAGGCAUCAAGCGAUCUUUCAGACUGCUAACCCACUUCGGUAUGCUACCGGAAACUCACGAUAUCCUGAAACUUCUGGACGAGAAGAUCGAAAAUCAAAGAAUGAAGACCGAUGUUCAGAUCCAGGAAAUCGAUUGUUUCCUGAAGAAUCACACCCGCAUCGAGAGCAUCCUCGGGUACAGUUUCAAAGAUCGAACCUAUCUGUUGCAGGCCCUGACUCACGCAUCCUAUCCAACCAAUCGGAUCACCGGAUCUUAUCAGCAGCUGGAAUUCCUCGGAGAUGCCGUACUGGAUUUCCUCAUUUCUUCGUAUAUUUAUGAACAGAAUCCAACCAUGAGUCCCGGUCAAUUGACGGAUCUACGCUCGGCAUUGGUUAACAACGUAACAUUGGCGUGUCUACUCGUUCGCCAUGGGCUGCACCUGUACAUCCUGGCGGAAUCGGCCUCCUUCUCCGAUACGGUGAACAAGUUCGUAGCCUUCCAGGAGCAACACGAGCACGAAAUUACCGACCAGGUCAAUUUGCUCAUGGAGGAAACCGACCGCAAAAUGGCCGACUACGUCGACGUCCCGAAGGCACUCGGCGACGUAUUCGAGAGCUUGGUGGGAGCGGUAUUCCUGGAUUCCGGAAACGAUAUGGCUGUGACGUGGAGGGUUAUCUACGGACUGAUGCACCACGAAAUAUUGAACUUUACGGAGAAUACGCCGAUCCAGAUCGUACGACAGUUGUACGAGUUCAAGCCGCCGUGUUCGCCGUGCUUCAGCCGGGCCAUUCAGGAUGAGGAUACGGUUCUGGUGAAGUUGCGGUACCGAAUUCGUAAUCAGCAGCACGAGGCAUUCGGAUUUGGCCAAAACAAGGACGACGCUAAGCGGGCAGCGGCCAAGGUGGCACUGCAGGAACUACGGCGGCAGUUUCGUUCGAAUAAGUAAAAUUGAUUAGCUAUUAAGUAGGUGGUCCAUUGAGUGUUGUUUUGUUGAAUUAGUUUAAAUUGUAUUCUGAGUCCGAUGCCUGCUUCCAUGAGGCCAGUGUCAGUGUCUUGAGAAAAUUUUUCCCAAAUUUCGUUCUUGAUUUUGGCAUUUUAAGAAUUACGGAGUCGAUAGUUCAUUGUUCUUUGUUUGUUUAAAAAAUAACGAAAAUGCGUGAUUCCUGAUAUUGAAAAAUAUGUUACAAAACCUGGCGUUUAAACCGUAAAGAGCAUUUAGCAUGACGUUAUAAAUGUGUGAGUCGUUUCAAUUUAAAUGUGUACAUCCCAUGCCAUUUCCACGUUUUCCUUAUUGCUAGAAGAAUGCGAGAUUUAAAAACAAAACAAAAAUAAUAAUCAAAGAUCAAACAUAGAAUAGACUUAGUGCUGAUAGGCAUAAAAGAGUACUACUCUCUUGUGUGAUAGAGGAGAAUUGAAGACUAAGAAAUUGGUUGUUAGCUGAAACCGUUACAUAUUCGAUUGAGCUGAUAAUAUUCUCGGAAUCUGACAUUUGUCGUAGGAAGGUUUUUUUGUUUUUUUAGGCUAGUAAGCUUAGUCCACACAUUUAGAGAGAAUUGCUGAUUUCCAAAUCGGUUGCUAACGGCGCCGGUGGUGUAGUGGUAAGCGUGAUUACCUCUCACCCCAGCAGGCCUGGGUUCAAUCCCAGUCGGCGCCGCCGGGAUGUUCUGAGGCAUAACAUCUCUGAUCACGCCUUCCAUCGGAUGGGAAGUAAAGCCGUUGGUCCCCGGUUCAUGAGUUGAUGGGUCGAUAGGUAGGGUCCAGGUGUGGGAGCUGCCUUCCUGGCACGUCGGUAGCAUUGGUGCUCAGCACGGAAAACAAGAUCGACGGAAAAAAACAAACCAAAGGCAAAUCGGUAGCUUCCAUAUUCAGCAAUCACCAUUAGAGAAAACAUCAGCGUUCAACUAGGAUAAGUUUAUUUGAAGUUAUCAACAUAGUAGUUUUGUUUAAGAUGAUUUUCAGAUACAUAUUUAACUUUAACUUACGACAGAUUUACUUGUU